UCCUUCUACCCUCUUCCUAGACUUUCUCUUUUUCCUUUCUCUGCCAACUCUCCACCGUCCGGCCACACACUACAAGAGACUCUCUCUAUCCCCUAGAUGAGGCAGCAAUGGCUCCUGGAAACAAUGCUGGAAACGUCAAAUGGGUCGAGGGCCUUCGCGGCAUCGCCUCGUUCCUAGUCAUCUGUACUCACCUUGCUCGUGCCUUUGACUACGAUUUGUUCUACCCCAGCGACUGGGAUACCGAAAAGGACGUGCCUAUCGAACAGCCGCGUCUCCUACAGCUCCCCAUCUUUAGACUCCCAUGGCAAGGCCGCAUAUCCGUCACCAUCUUUGCCUUUCUCACCGGCUUUGUCUGCGCCCUGAAGCCUCUCCGUCUGGCUCGCCAGGGAAACUACUCGAGCGCCUACACUGCCGUCGCCAAGUCUGCCUUUCGUCGGACCCCGCGUCUCAUUCUUCCUGCUACAAUCGCGACAUGCAUAGUCUGGAGUUUGGCUCAGAUGGGCGCCUUGACGGUCGGCAGUCGCUGCGACUCCUCCUGGAUGCGCCUGUCCUGUCCAAAAACCCUGCCAACCCUGCGAGAAGAGUUUUGGCGCCUGUUUGUGAAUCUGCGCAUGACCUGGACUUAUGAAUUUAUGGCAUAUGACCACCAUCAAUGGGCGCUGCUCCCUCUGCUCAAGGGAUCCUUCAUUGUCUAUCUCACGCUCGUUGCGACGAUAAAACUAAAGUUCCAGUAUCGCAUGAUGCUGUACACCCUAAUGUACGCCUAUUUCUGGCAAAACGCCCAUAAACAUACCGAAACCUUUGGCAUGCAGGUCUACUUUGGCAUGUUCCUCUGCGACCUCGCCAACGAGCCUUGGGCCCAAAAACUCUGCACCCACCGCUGGCUGUCGAAGCUGGUGUCGCCAGCACUCAUCUUCCUUGGACUCUAUGUCGCCUCCUACCCUGACGGUCUGCCGGACCGUGUCGCGACACAACCCUGGAGCGCUCAGCUGCAGUACUUUGCAACCUACAUCUUCCCCGAGGGAGAGGACCUCAGUGUGCAGAAGCGAUACACCGCGCUCGGUGUCGACCUCGUAUGCAUCGGCAUAUGGCUCUCCCCCCAUAUCAAGGAGUGGCUGUCGUGCAGGUUCCUCAUGUACCUGGGCAGGUCGUCGUUUGCCGUAUACCUCAUCCACGGCACCCUCAUGCGCACCGUCCUCAUGUGGAUGAUCUAUGGUGUGUCCGGCCAGCCCUGGGAGCUGAUGACGAACCAAGAGACGGGCGAGGAGUAUCCGAAAGACUACCUGCACCCCUACGGACCGUGGGUCUUUUACUUUGCCAUUCCCGUCUGGAUCGGCCUCGUCUACGUGUGUGCGCACAUGUGGACCGAAUACGUCGACUCAUGGUGCGACCGUGUGGUGCGCAAGCUGGAAGACACGGUGCACGAGACCGAAGAGAAGGACGGCGGGCUCCUCGGCCAUUGAGUGAUGACUGAUUGAUACAGCGAUACCCAUCCAUGCAUAUCCAUUCCACGCGAAACUCAUUCCACAACUUUUUUUUUCCCACGCGCGGCAAUAAAUUAUUAUUUUCAGGCUUUUUUCGGUUUGGCCUUUUGCGACGGAGCGGCGGCACACCACUCGGAGUUUCUGAUGCACGGCUUGCUGUCUUUGAUGCAUGACCUGCGAAUACUGGGCAAUCAUGGUUUGGUUCGGACACGAGGCUUCGGUCCGGGCUUGUACAUACUACAUAGAAGACUGAUGGUGCAGGAGUCUAGAGAGAGAGAGAGAGAGGUACAUCAGCUACGCGGGACGCGGUCCCCUAUUAAUAUGUUACGGAAGUAG